GACGGGUUGCUCACAAGCGGUGCUGACUUCAGUCGGGCUCUGCAGAAACUGUAUCCAAAGCUCUUUAUCUAUGACCUUGACGAGAUGGGUCCAGAGUUGAGAGCGCGGGCGGUAGACGAGCUGCGCCAGCUCGAUGCCAACGUGGAGCAGUCUUGGAAACAGUUCAGCGCUGGAGCACUACGUCCAAGACAGACGUGGCAAGAAGCCCCUGCAGUGCCUACGUCUUCAUCCUGUCCCGGUGCGAAGGCGCAGGAUAUUGCGCACACUCCCCCAAAUGGGGAGUGUGCACUGAAGCCAGUAGAUGUGCAGAGCCCGGGCGAAGUCAGGGAACUGUCACGUGUGUCGAGCUCUUCGCAAAUCUUGCAACCAAGAGCUUUUCCAAGGGAGACACCGUGGAACGGAUCCUCAGUUGCGAGGUUUAUCCAAGCAGACGUGCAAGCGGCAACUCCAGCAAGACAAAGGAGUGUGGAGGCCGUGCCUGUGCGGAACAACUCCGCCAGGAUACUUCCGGCCGUACCAUACCAGGGAGUUCUUCCAGCGAGGACACUGGAACAAGCCGAUCUGCGCAGCAUUUCUCCCAGGGUAUUGACGGCGUCUCCCUCUCAGACGUCGCUGCUGCACAGGGCCCAGGAGGUCAGCAGCUCCCCCAGGUUGGUGCCAGUGGCAGCUCUGCAGCCAAGCAGUCUUCCAAGGCAAAUAGCGCUCUCCGCUGCGCCGGUAGUUUCGGCCGCGCUGACUCCGAGGAGCGUCUCCCCGCGGCUGCAGGAGCAGAGGAGUGCCUCCCCCUGCAUCCUGCCUGAAAGGCCUUGCUUUGUGGCCAAUGGCUUACCAACGCAGGCCCAGGGCUGCCGGGCGCCAAUUCAUACCGCUUGGCUGGAUCCUUCAACACCGCGGAGAUCCCUCCCCUCACCGCCUAUGAGUUUGCAGCAUUUGCAGCGACAACCUGGCUUUCAGCAAUGUGGCCUCCCACCUCCCCCAGGCAUUUCCUUCACCUUGAAACCAGAGCUUCCCAAGCUCCAGCUACAGCCCAUGGCUCUCGCCGUGAGCUCCCUUGCUUCGUCUAGCGGACCUAGCGGGCCAAGCGCAGGAACACCCCGUCUAGCGCCCCUCUCGCCCAGGGUUCCAGGGCUUUUCUGA